CUCUCACACACACACACUGAACACCGCUGGAGUCUCGCAGAGGAAGCGCGAGCGCGGGAGGAUGAGGAGCAUGAUGAGGAGCAGGAGGAUGAUGAUGAUGAUGAUGAUGGGUGCAGGACCCUGCCGUCUGCUGUUUGUAGCGCUGUUCCUCGGAGCCAGGAUCCAGCAGACAGAAGGCUUACAGUGCUUCUGUCACCGGUGUCCGAACCACACGUGUGUCACGGACGGCCUGUGUUACGUGUCCAUCACUAAAUCCGGCGGCUCGACCACACAGCAGACCUCGUGCAUCAGUGAGAACGAGCUGAUCCCUCGAGACCGGCCCUUCGUCUGCGCGCCCUCCACCAAACAGGACACCGGCAUCUACCCCAUGUGCUGCAACAGCGACUGGUGCAACAAGGACCCCGUCAUCACCUCAUUCCCAGUACCCACACAGAAGCCGGCGGUGUUGGGGCCCGUAGCGUUCGCGGCUCUGAUCGCGGGGCCCGUGUGCGUGGUGUGCUUCCUGAUGGUCACCGUCUUCUACAUCUGCCACAGCCGCUCGCUCAUACACCAGCGCGUGCCUAACGAGGAAGACCCCUCCAUGGACCACCCCUUCAUCACCGUCGGGACCACCCUCAAAGACCUGAUCUACGACAUGACCACGUCCGGCUCCGGCUCCGGGCUCCCUCUGCUGGUGCAGCGGACCAUCGCCAGGACCAUCAUCCUGCAGGAGAGCAUUGGGAAGGGCCGCUUCGGGGAGGUGUGGAGGGGCAAGUGGAGAGGAGAGGAGGUGGCCGUCAAGAUCUUCUCGUCCAGAGAGGAGCGCUCCUGGUUCAGAGAGGCUGAGAUCUAUCAGACCGUGAUGCUGCGGCACGAGAACAUCCUCGGCUUCAUCGCCGCAGACAACAAAGAUAACGGCACGUGGACGCAGCUGUGGCUGGUGUCAGACUACCACGAGCACGGCUCUCUGUUCGACUAUCUGAACCGCUACACGGUGACGGUGGAGGGCAUGAUCAAGCUGUCUCUGUCCACGGCCAGCGGUCUGGCGCACCUGCACAUGGAGAUCGUGGGGACACAAGGCAAGCCUGCUAUCGCUCAUAGGGAUCUGAAGUCCAAGAACAUCCUGGUGAAGAAGAACGGCACGUGCUGCAUCGCAGACCUGGGUCUGGCCGUGCGUCACGACUCUGCCACCGACACCAUCGACAUCGCUCCCAACCACAGAGUGGGCACCAAACGGUACAUGGCCCCAGAAGUGCUUGACGAUUCAAUAAACAUGAAGCAUUUUGAGUCUUUCAAGAGGGCAGACAUCUAUGCCAUGGGGCUGGUCUUCUGGGAGAUUGCCAGCAGAUGUUCUAUCGGAGGCAUUCACGAGGACUACCAGCUGCCGUACCAUGACCUGGUGCAGUCCGACCCGUCGGUGGAGGAGAUGAGGAGAGUCGUGUGUGAACAGAAGCUACGGCCCAACAUCCCAAACAGAUGGCAGAGCUGUGAGGCUCUGCGUGUGAUGGCUAAGAUCAUGAGGGAGUGCUGGUAUGCUAACGGAGCGGCUCGUCUCACGGCUCUGCGCAUCAAGAAGACACUGUCCCAGCUCAGCCAGCAGGAGGGCAUCAAGAUGUAGAGCCCCACAGUUUCCCAUCAUCCUUCAGAACCGCAUCACACUCCGUCUUCACGAGAGGACGCCGCACUUUCCCUGACGUCUGCGUCUCGCUCUCAAACACGGACUCCUGAGGAUGAUGGGCCGUCGUCUAACACAAGAAGGACUCUUUAUUAUUUAUACAGGCUUUGGUUUUUCUCCAGUGGAGGUUUGGCUGAUUCGACCUGGUGUUUAGUUUCCGCUCAUCGCUGCAGCUCUUCAGGUCGGCGUGACUUUAAAUACAUGCAUUCUGUGUUUGCAAAAACAAACCUGGACAUGACCUCAUUCAGUCCUGGCGAACAUGCUGUGACAUAUGCAAUAUAGAUGAAACCUUUCCACUUUAUAUUUUUACUGCUCUGCUACAACUACGAUGACAACCAUGCCUUCCAAGCCAGGUGUUACCAGAAAGUGCCACUGCUUUGAACCAAGCAACCAAGCAACCCUCACGAGAGCGUUCUCCAUCCUUUCUUCAUCCUCUCACUGAUGCAGCACAACUCUCAGACCUCUUCAUUCACAGCUGCUCACACUGAGCUGGAACAAACACUCAAACUGAAUGUUGCCCAAACGUAUGAUUAGAGAUGAGCUGCGCUAAUACAGAACACGGAUAUCUACUAAGCCAUAGGUUUUCCAACAUUUUGUGGCAACUUUUUCUAAUAGAAUGUAAAUGAGAAGAAGAAUCAAGGACUGCUUUGAAACUCUUCGGAGCGAGUCUUAAGGGACCAACGUGGAGCUGACCGUAACAACCGUCUGUCUUCAGGACCGAGGGUUCGAGGUAGCUGCAGUCGUGUGUGUGGACGGAUCAAGAGCCAAACUCAACUGCUUUCUGGUGCUUCUUUAGGCCUGCAACUUGAGAUCUUAUUUAUCUACAUCCAUGCGUUUGGCACUUUUCCUCUGGUGAGUUCUCCGUCAUCUUCAUAGUCAGUCGUGGAAGGAAUCUUCACAGAUCCAUGCAAGUCGAGCUCCGUCGACAGCAUUUGUGUCCUGAUGUUGAUUAGCAUUAAAUAAAACAUGUAGAACAAUUACAAAUCUAAAAUCAGGUUUACAGUGAGGCAUUUACAAUGAAAAUAGAUGGCCAUUAUUGGAGCUGCAAAGGAUCAUUUCUAGGUUUUAGCCAUUGGUUUAUGACAACAAAGCUGUAAAAUGUUAGUGAAAGAUGAGUGAGUGUAUGUUUAAACUCCAUUGUAAGUACCUCUCUGGAACGCAGAUGUUUUUAAAGGAAAUACAUUUUUGUGAAAACCAACGAAUGCUGUCAAUGUAGUGAGACUUGUGUUGAAAGUGGGAUAUUCCUUGAAAAGGGAAGUGAUGUCACGUGUUGAGCAAUAGUGUUUCUGCUCUCCUGAAGGUCAGACUCCACUGCUAUGCAUCACCAGUCUCUGCUGGACUCAGCAUCUCAUACUAAACUCAGAUGUGUUGGCGUUCCCAGCACACCAUGUGUUUUAAAGCUUGUUCGAGGGACUGAAGGGUUAUGAUCGAUUAUUGAUGCUGUUUCAUAUUAAUGAUUUCUGCCACACAUUCAGAUGCACAGUUCCUCAAUGAAGUACUUUUUACUGUGUAUGUAGGACGUAGUGUCUAUAAAUAAUGUGUACAUGUGUAUAAAUAUGUGUAAUGUUUGUCAGAUGUGUCCAGUUUGGAUCUGGAGGGAGGACGAGAACCAUCGGCUGGAACGAGAGACUAGUUCAGAUUAGUUCACUGAUUCUUUCUCAUGCUGUUAACAUUAAUCAGCAUCAGGGUUAUUACAGUCCACUAAAAUGACUGAAAUUAAAAACUACAAUAGCCAUUGAAUAUAAUGCCCGGCCACACUGCAAUAUCAAUGAUCAUCAAUCUCUCAAGCUUCAGAAAGAACUUGCAAUCAUAAAACUAGUCUGAACGAAUUUGAGUAAUCGAGUAUGAAAUUAGUUUUUACCUCAGUGUGAGCCCUGGGAAGUCUGUUCCUGUUCUGGAGAUUCACAAAUCUGACUGCAUUCACUGCAGAAGAGCAGCGGGACAUUCUUCAAAACAUCUCUUUUUGCGUUCUGUGUUAAACUGGAGCAGCGACGUGGUUCUGAUGUUCUCCGGAUCGGAGCGCUGACACAGGUGUGAGGUGCAGGUGUGCAGAGAAAAGCCCAUCUCCAGCGAAGCCCUUCCAUGACCCAGACUCUUCAUCAGUGACUCCUGAAGGACAGACGAUAUGACGCUGUCAGAAGAGUCUGCGUCUGAGCGGAGCGGCCAGCCGUCACUCAGUAUAUGAAUGUAUUUGUUCUGACGGACCUCAUCGUGCUGUUAUUAGAGCUUAAUCUCACCGCUCUGCUAUUAUUAUACAGACACUGUGAAACUGAGGAGGACUCUGGGUCAUUCAAGGGCAGCUGGGGAAUUUCCCAUGGUGCAUUUCACCUGCUGAUUGGACGGAAGUGGAAAGCUUUAUCGUGUUUUAUUUGGUGCCUAAGUUUGACUUGUUUUUUAAUUCCACCUGGAAUGAUGCACUGCAUGGGACUUAUUUCUAAUGUUUGCAUCACUUGCUUUUUUUAAGAAAAAAAAAUAUUAUAAAGAACAUUAAUAAUAAAAAAAAAAAAAUUAGGUUUGAAAAGGUCAAAAUACCUCCUCUGAAGACCAAUGUGUUUAUACCUCAGUGUAUGUUUCUCUUGAGAUGCUGAAGUGACUCGAUGUCGCUGGGAUUGUGUUCUGUGUUAUUAUUCCUUCUUUAAAGCAUUAUUCGCUUCGUUCUGUUCUUUUCCUGUUCUGUAUGAAUUACAAGUGCUUUACUGAUGUCUCCUGUCCUUUAAUGCCUCCUCAGCUGUACAGAAAUGCCUUGUAAUGUGAGCGAAAGAGAAAGUGAAGGACUCGUAGCAGAGCCAUGUUGUGUUGAUUUCUAACAUAGCGGAGUAGAGAUGGGUGUCAAUAAAACAUUCAACUUUUACACACA